CAAUAUUGAAUGUUACGUUUUAAUUCUCUCCCACUUUUUUCAUUUAGAUCGUAUUGUAUUGUGAUCGUUGGUGUUCUUCAAUCGAAUCUAAACCUUUGGCUCAUACAUCCGCAUCUUCUUCUUGAUUAAUUAUCUAAUCAAUCCUAUAUUGUUCGUCACAACGAAAAUCCUGCAGAUUGAGUUUGAAAAGUGAUUCCCUUCUCGACAAAGUAAAAAACGCUAUCAUGGAAACCAAAACUUGUGAAGAAUGCGUUGAUGAUUGUACGCUAUUUUGGAUUUAAGUUACCUACUACAAAACGCCUCUUUCUCAAUCAUGUCUGAGCCAUGGAUACUCUCUGCAAAGUUACUGUUUGGGAUAAUAUUAAUGCAUACAUGUCUCAAGGGCGUUGAAUCCAGGCCAACCGCCAAUGAGGUAGUGAUAUUACCAGGCCAACCGCCGGUUACAUUCAAACAAUUUGCAGGCUACAUCUCCCUUGAUGACGCCAAACCGAGAUCUCUGUUUUACUAUUUUGUUGAAGCUGAAUCCGACUCAUCUUCCAAACCGCUUGUGCUUUGGUUGAAUGGAGGACCUGGUUGUUCGUCUGUGGGAGAAGGGGCUUUUGUUGAGCAUGGUCCUUUUAAACCAAGUGGCGAUGUUUUGGUUAAAAAUGAGUGUAGCUGGAAUAAAGAGGCGAAUAUGUUGUACUUGGAUACACCAGCAGGAGUGGGAUUCUCUUAUUCUGAUGAAAAGUCCUUUUAUCAAUCAGUGAAUGAUGCCAUUACAGCUGGCGACAAUCUUGCUUUUCUUGAGAAAUGGUUUGAAAAUUUUCCAGAGUACAAGAAUAGAGACUUUUAUAUCACAGGCGAAAGUUAUGCAGGACACUAUGUUCCUACACUAGCAAAUCUCAUAGUUCAAUCAAAAGCCAAGAUCAAUUUCAAGGGAAUUGCAAUCGGCAAUCCACUAUUGAAUAUUGAUACGGAUUUUAAUUUAAAGGGGGAGUAUCUUUGGUCUCAUGGUUUGAUAUCAGAUGAUACAUACGAAUUACUCAAUAAAGAGUGCAACUACUCAACCAUAAGAAGACAAACCGAAUCCAAUACUCUCACCCCUAAAUGCACUCUUGUUGCAAAUCAAGCUACAAGGGAGAUUGGUCAAUCCAUUAACGCUUAUGACAUCACUCUCAACAUUUGUUUGUCAAAUGUUUUCUCACAGUCACAAGUUCUCGAUAACACUCAAGGUACGGAAACGAAGGUGGAUGUUUGUGUGGAGGAUGAAACAACCGAGUACUUGAACCGGAAAGAUGUGCAAACCGCUUUACAUGCUCGGCUCGUGGAUGGUAACCCGUGGGCCGCAUGUACCGACAAUUUGAAUUAUGAUAUGAGCGAUUUGGAUGUACCAAUGGCUCCUUUGUUGGCUUCCCUUAUCAAGUCUGGCAUUAGGGUUUUUAUUUACAGUGGCGAUCAAGAUUCGGUCCUACCUUUAACUGGGACACGAGUUGUGAUCAAUGGCAUGGCUAAGGAAUUAGGGUUGAAGACAACUAUUCCAUACAGGUCUUGGUUCAAUGGCAACCAGGUUGGGGGAUGGACACAAGUAUAUGGUGAUUUUUUAUCUUAUGCAACCAUAAGAGGUGCAGCACAUGAAGCUCCAUUUUCUCAACCGGAGCGAUCACUUGCCUUAUUCAAAGCAUUUCUGGACGGGAAACCUUUGCCACAAGCAGAUGAAAUCAGUGAAAAGGAUGAUCAAACACAUGCGGUAUUCCGUGUUGAAUUACGCUAAUGAAAACCACUUUCACAUGUCUCUUGGCC